CUGACAAGCCCGAAAGUCAUUUCCAAUCUCAAGUGGACUUUGUUCCAACUAUUGGGGGCGUCGCUCCCCCUCUUCAUGGUCGCGGGCAAACUUCCUCCUCGGCGCCGCUUCUAAUGGAGCCCCACCUGCUCGGGCUGCUCCUCGGCCUCCUGCUCUGUGGCACCAGGGUCCUCGCCGGCUACCCAAUUUGGUGGUCCCUGGCCCUGGGCCAGCAGUACACAUCCCUGGGCUCACAGCCCCUGCUCUGCGGCUCCAUCCCAGGCCUGGUCCCCAAGCAACUGCGCUUCUGCCGGAAUUAUAUCGAAAUCAUGCCCAGCGUGGCUGAGGGCGUGAAACUGGGCAUCCAGGAGUGCCAGCACCAGUUCCGGGGCCGCCGCUGGAACUGCACCACCAUAGACGACAGCCUGGCCAUCUUCGGGCCCGUCCUGGACAAAGCCACCCGCGAGUCGGCCUUCGUGCACGCCAUCGCCUCUGCUGGCGUGGCCUUCGCCGUCACGCGCUCCUGUGCCGAGGGCACCUCCACCAUCUGCGGCUGCGACUCGCACCACAAGGGGCCACCUGGCGAAGGCUGGAAGUGGGGCGGCUGCAGCGAGGACGCCGACUUCGGGGUGCUCGUGUCGCGGGAGUUCGCGGACGCGCGCGAGAACAGGCCGGACGCGCGCUCGGCCAUGAACAAGCACAACAACGAGGCGGGCCGCACGACCAUCCUGGACCACAUGCACCUCAAAUGCAAGUGCCAUGGGCUGUCCGGCAGCUGUGAGGUCAAGACCUGCUGGUGGGCCCAACCCGACUUCCGCGCUAUCGGCGACUUUCUCAAGGACAAGUACGACAGUGCCUCGGAGAUGGUGGUGGAGAAGCACCGCGAAUCCCGCGGCUGGGUGGAGACCCUCCGCGCCAAGUACGCGCUGUUCAAGCCGCCCACCGAGAGGGACCUGGUCUACUACGAGAACUCCCCCAACUUCUGCGAGCCCAACCCUGAGACGGGCUCCUUUGGCACCAGGGACCGGACUUGCAAUGUCACUUCCCACGGCAUCGAUGGCUGCGACCUGCUGUGCUGUGGCCGCGGCCACAACACGAGGACGGAGAAGCGGAAGGAGAAAUGCCACUGCAUCUUCCACUGGUGCUGCUACGUGAGCUGCCAGGAGUGCAUCCGCAUCUACGAUGUGCACACCUGCAAGUAGGGAGCCAGGGCACUGGGAACAGGUGAAGUGUGUGGCUGGGCAGAUUCACCGAAGUCCCAUGGGAAGCAGGACCUGGAGCCGGGCUCAGCGCUCAGCACCAGGCAGCAAGGAACCCGGACUGUUGCCAGACGCCCGUGCGGUAAAUGACCUGGACCCGAGCCGCCCGCUGCCGGGGAGGC